UUACAAAAUCAAAAUAAAUUCUCAUGUGUGUCUUGAAUUUUGGAUUCUGUUUCUGAUUUACGAUAAUGUUUAAUUUACGAAAUUCAUUGUUUUUUAGAGUUUUUUAUAUUACAAAAGUAUUCAAUUCUACUUCUGCUUUACCACAUAAUCAAUUGAUAGAAUCGACAGGUCGAAUUUUCGUAAAGGAUAAAUAUCGAAAAUUUAUCGAUCAGAUACGGAUAACUGUUUCGGGUGGUGCCGGUGGUAAUGGUUAUCCAAAAUUUCAAGGAUUAGGUGGCAAUGGUGGAAAUGUUUGUCUUGUUGCUAAUGCUAAUGUUAAAUUGAAUGAUUUGCAAAAAUCGAAUGCAAGAUUCCGUGCUGGUGAUGGUCAACAUAGUUCACGUAAUUCUGUUAUCGGUCAGAAUGGAAAAGAUUUGGAGAUUAAAGUACCGGUUGGCAUCACAGUCAUUGUAGAUGAAUAUAAAAAAGAAAUUGCUCAUCUUGAUCAACCAGGCGACAAAGUGAUUGUUGCUUUUGGUGGCCGUGGUGGUGAUAAAACAAAUUCCUAUUUUGGUACAAAAGGACAAAAAAUGGCCAUUAAAUUAGAUCUGAAAUUAUUAGCCGAUGUAGGACUAGUCGGAUAUCCGAAUGCAGGUAAAUCAACUUUGUUGCGGGCAUUAUCACGUGCAUCACCAAAAAUCGCUAACUAUCCAUUCACAACAAUACAACCGAAUCUUGGUGUAAUUGAAUAUGAUCCACCUAAAGCAGUACAAUUGUAUAAUGAUCGGUCAAAAGUAAAAGAUAAAUCUGAAUUUUAUGAUCAAGAUUAUCGUCGAAUAACUGUUGCUGAUCUACCGGGUUUGAUUGAAGGUGCACAUCGAAACAUUGGAUUAGGACAUAAAUUUCUUAAACAUAUUGUUCGAACAAAUUUAUUGCUAUUUGUUGUUGAUAUUGAUGGAUUUCGUAAUUCGGGUGGUCGCCAUUAUCAUCGUUCAUGGUGUUCACAUGAACCAAUCGAAGUAAUACAAUCACUGAUUAAUGAAAUUGAUCUUUUUGAUGAAGAAAUACUUGAACAAAAAUCAUCAAUUUUAGCCAUAACUAAAUUGGAUAAUUCCGAAAAACGUGAGCAAUUCAAUAGAUUUAUAGAAAUUUUACAACAAACAAAUUUAAAUAUACCGUCUACGGUUGAAAAAGAAAAUUUAAUUAAAAAAAGUAAUAAACAGUCAUCAAUGAAUGUAAAUAGUGAUAAUUCGAAUCAACAAUCAAUCGAACAUCAUAUGAUCAAUGAUAAUGAUACAACAUUAAUUAUGGAUCAUAAUCCACCGGAUCCAACGGGAUAUAAAUUUGAUAAAAUAAUUGGUAUAUCUUCACUAACUGGUUAUAAUAUUGAUCAACUGAAAGGGUUAAUUCGUAAAUUGAUCGAUAUGAAUGCUGAAAAUAAUAGACAAUGUAAAUUGAAAAUGCAAAAUUGUUGAUUUAAAUAAAUUUUCAUCAUAAAAUUAAACAUAAAAUGUAACAAAUUGUUUUUUUUUUGUUGUCCAAAUCGUUCAUUGAGUUUAAAAAUUUUAUUGUUGUUGUUGUUUACCAAUUUUUUUGUUUUUCAUGGUCGAAGCAAUAAAGAGAUGAUGGUAACGUGAUGGAAUUGACAAAUAUUUGACCCCGAAAAUCAAAUGACAAAUAAACAAUAAAAAAAAUUAUCAGAAAAUUUUUCUUUCUUUGUAAAUUUGUUUA